CUGGAAGAAGAAGUCUAUGUGGAACAACCACGAGGCUAUGAGAAAGAAGGAGAAGAAGACAAAGUCUAUCGUCUACGAAGGCUUUAUACGGCCUGAAGCAAGCACCGCGAGCCUGGAACAACAUAAUUGAUCGAUACUUUCAGCAAAACGGAGGGAAGAACAACCACCGUCGGUUUGGUUUGACACCAAGAGAAGGAAGCCUCGGCGACGAGGACGGCGGCUUAGGCAGAUGGAAGAAGAGGUUGGAAGAGCCACAGCGAAGGGAAGGCCAACCGGCGACAAGGACGACCGACGGUGACGAGGACGACAGGCCGAGACACGGACAGCCGGCGAUGAGUAGGACGACAGGGGGCGACAAGGAAGCAGAGUUUGGGCAGUCGGCAGAAGACCUCUAUUCAGUUCCCAGGAUCAACAACAAUCCUCUCUCGUAUCUCUUCAAGCUCAUUCAAUCGACUUAAAGACUCAGCUUCAACCUGCCGACCAUAUCUCUCAAGACAAUUAAGCAACACAUCUGAAACAUCAAUUACGUUUCUUGGCAGCAAAAUGCACCACAUCACUAAUCCAUGCUGGUGCGCCCAGCACCGUCCCACUGAUGUUCUUCUCGAGUGAGCCAGUGAACUGGGGAAGUGAAAGAACAUGGCUUUCUUCGGUCUCAUGCAAACAAAAUGAAAGAAUCGGAAUCGGAUAUGCAAUGGCAGUAGUUCCCCUCCCUUGAUUUGCGUGGUGCAUGAUUGCCGGUGAUCGGCCCGAAAGACUUCGACUAGUACAGCUUUCACCCGCCGAUUUGGAUCUCUACAACCGUACUUCCAAGUCGUCGGCCUUUAUUUUACCUCUGUUUCUCUCUGUCCCAUUUGAUAUUGUGAAAUGAACUUACGAGAAGCUUUGACGACUGUGGCGGCUUUGCUGCUUCCCGCACUGAUUCUCAUCUGCAAGUGGCUAUUCCGGAGGAGGAGGAGGUCCUCCAACAAUAACCCCCAGCUAUCAGAAUCUACAUGCAUUGUUGAUUCUUCUGCUUCAACUACUGGUUCUGAUGCUUCCUUGCCCCUUCCAACUGGGGACUACGAGGUCUUUUUAAGUUUUAGGGGUCCAGACACCCGCCAUGAGAUCACUGACGUCCUCUACCAUUUUCUUAUUCGCUCAAAAAUUCGCACAUUUAAACAUGAUGAGGAUCUUCAUGUGGACGAAGGAAUCUGGCCUAGUUUGGUGGAGGCCAUGAAGGAAUCCAGGAUUUAUGUUCCUAUUCUUUCAGAAACUUAUGCUGAAAGUAAGUGGUGCCUCAAAGAGCUUGCUGAAAUGGUUGAGUACCGCAAGCAAGACAAGGGGCGCAUCAUUUUACCCAUUUUCUAUAAGGUAAACCCUAGAGACGUGCGGAAACAGAGUGGGGCUUAUGAAGAAGCAUUUAAGCGACACAUGAAGAAUUUUGAUGACAAAACCUUGCAAAUUUGGAAAGAUGCUCUCAAGGAUGUUGGAGAAUUGAAAGGGUGGCAUGUAACAGACAAAGACGGGCAAGGGGCUAUAGCUGAUGAAGUUUUUGACAACAUAUGGUCAAAUCUAAGUGAGAAUUAUGAAUUAAUGACAGAUGAAUUGGUUGGAAUUGAUGCGCACUUGAAAGCAGUAGUUGAAAGACUAGAUUUAAACUCUAAAGCUGUGGCAACUGUUGGCAUUCACGGCCUUGGUGGUAUCGGCAAGACCACUGUUGCAACUGCUGUCUACAAUAAAGUUUGUGCUCACUUUGAUCGUCACUACUUUGUGGAAGAUGUAAGAGAAACAUUGCAACGGAGGGAUGGUAUCGUUGCUCUGCAAAAUAAGAUAAUCUCCGGCAUUGCGAAAAAGGCAACUCCUGUAUCUAAUGUUAGUGAAGGAAUCCGGAUGAUAAGAGAUAGAGUUAGCCAUUACAAGGUUCUUAUUGUUCUUGAUGAUGUAGAUGACAAGUUCAAAUUUGAUGGCAUCUUGGGAAAUUCUGAAAACUUCGUUUCCGGCAGUAGGUUUAUUGUUACUUCUAGAAAUAUUAAGGUUCUGACUUUACUCGAAGGAUGUCGGCUAUAUGAAGUCGGAGAAAUGAGCUAUGAACACUCCUUUGAACUUUUCUGCAAACAUGCAUUUAGAAAGGAUUCUGCUCCACAUGAUUAUGCAGCUUUGUCUAGAGACAUUGUAUCAACAACAGGAGGACUUCCACUGACUAUUAAGGUUGUAGGCUCACUUCUGUUUAAAGAAGAUAGAGCAGUUUGGGAAGAAACAUUGCUGCGGUUAAGAGAAACACCAGAGACAGAGGUCUUAGACCGGUUAAAGAUAAGUUAUGAUACAUUGGACGAUGAGGCAAAACAGAUAUUUCUUGACAUUGCCUGUUUCUAUGUUGGAACUGAUAAAGAAAAAGCUUCUUACAUGUGGAGUGAUUGUAAGUUUUAUCCCAUCAGUAGUAUUAAUGUUCUUGUCCAAAGAUCCAUAAUCAAGAUCAGAGAUAAUAAUGAGUUCAGCAUGCAUGAUCAACUUAGAGACCUGGGUAAAGCAAUUAUCAGGGAGGAAGAUAUGGAACAUCCAUGGAUGAGAAGUAGAAUAUGGUCCGAUGAGGAUGCUUUGGAGCUAUUACUUGGCAAAAAGGGAACAGAUAAAGUUAAAGCUCUGCGAGUAAAUUCUUCAUCUCCUGAGACAUGUCAGCUAACAAAUGAGCAUUUUAGGAACUUGUCUAAUUUGAGAUACUUCGAUGGAAAUUCUACGGAGCUUACUGGAGACUUCAGUGAUCUUCUUGAUAAUUUAAGAUGGCUUCAGUUGCAAUACCAUGCAGAUUCAGGUGACCAAUUGACCAAUUUUCACCUGAAUAAAUUGAUCAUUCUUGAUCUCCGUGGGAGCGAUAUCACAGAUGAUUGGGGAGGGUGGACUCAUAUAAAGCAGAUGGCAGCAAAGCUAAAAGUUCUGGACCUUGCAUAUUGUCGUUACAUAACAAAACUUCCUGACCUUUCCACAUAUGGGAGCCUCGAGCAUUUACACUUUUAUGCAUUGAGAGGGUCCACUCAAGACCUGGACCUUGGCAAUUUGAGGAACAUAAAGGUUUUGAAUCUUGAGAAUUGCAGAAUCAGGAAGAUAGUGGGGGGUAGUAUUGGAAUCCUUCAGGGGCUUCGGGAGCUAAAUAUCAGCUCGUGCAAGUGCGAGAACUUGGGACAAGUUCUCUUCGACAUAGUGACCCUGCCAUCUCUGAAGAUCCUCAGAGCAAUUAAAGUGAAGGAAGAAAAUGCAUUGGAACUUCCGAAAAGUUUGAAGGAGCUAAGCACCUCUGUCUCGGUCUCUAAUCUUCCAGAACUGACAAACUUAGAGCAAUUUACAUUUGAGUAUUGUGAAGAUUCUAAGCUCGAAAUCUCAGGCACAGGAGAAGAGUGGUCGAAGCUGUCAAAGUUGACGUCUUUGGUAGUGAAGUAUGGAACCAACAUUACGACCAUUGGCCCUCUUUCGCUCCCCCCAUCACUAACAGAGCUUCAUAUCUCCGUUUGCCCCAAACUAGAGAGGCUGCCAAAGUUGGACAAUCUGGAAAAUUUGGCUGAACUCAUCCUCUACAGAUGUUCCAAGCUUCGGGAGAUUGAAGGCCUCGGAGGAACCCUGAAGUCAUUGCAAAGUCUGAAGAUAGAUUAUUGUGAGAGUUUGAUUCACAUCAACGGCCUCGAAGACCUCGUCUCUUUGACCGACUUGCACUUUGAAUCUCUGUAUGCAUUGGAGAGACUCCCCAUCAUCAAUCUAGCUUCUCUGAACAGGCUGAGUAAGGUUGAGAUCCUGCAUUGCCCUCUUCUCACCGAGAUAUUAUUUCGAGGUCCUGAGGAAGAUGGAGGCCAAGUACGACACGACUCUUUAACAGAACUUAAUGUUGGUGCAUGCACAUUGCUGCAAGGGCUGCCUAAUCUGUCACAGUUUCCAAAUUUGAGGAAGUUGAACGUUUGGGAUAUGAAGGGUAUAGCUAACUUGGAGGGUCUGGAAUAUCUGGAGGAUUUAAGGGUAUUGGAGCUUUUUGACUUGCCGUCAGUGGGUACAUUACCUUGUCUGUCCAAGCUGAGGAAAUUAGUGAUGUUGGUAGCUGCAGAUAUGCACCGACUGUGUGAGAUUCAGGGCCUUCAGGAUUUGGAAUCAUUGGAGCAGCUAGUCAUUCCUGGAUGCACGUCGCUGGAGAGACUGCCGGAUUUGUCUGGUCUAAAGAACCUGACAGUGGUGAACAUCCGAGAAUGCUGGAAGUUGACUGACCUUUCUGGUCUCAACAGUCUGCAGGGUGUAGUCAUAGACUGGCCACAGUAAAGAUGAGAUAACCUUGUGAUGUAACCUGAAAUUGUACCAUAUGUAGUAUACUGAUUGUUUUUUUUAUGUUUGUUUAUCUUCCAAUUCAAUGUUUGUGUCUUAAACUUCUUUAUUAGCACUCUCUCUCCCAUGAGAACUUGUCAGUUUAUCACUUCUGACU